AUGUCCCGUCUGACUCAGUACUUGCACCGGUCUAGCAAGCUGCUGAGAGACAAUGCCUCACGUGUGAUGCGUAUGCAAGGAGCUGACGAGCCUUUGCGUACGCCAAAGACGUUGUUCACGUUUAAUUCCCAUGAAGAUAUUCAUCAAUUUGCUACUGGUUGCGACGCAGAUAUUGGUGGGACUUCUACUGUCCAUUUUCAGCUAGACCAGUCUAGUGUGGCUCCCACAUUGAACGAACAGAAAUCAGCGGAGGCGAGGCGACCAACUGCGAAAUUCUGGGGUCAAAUGAGCCUUGGCCCUCGCACGACUUUGUUCGGCGAGAUGACAGAUGAUGUCUCGGCCCAUCAAUUUCUUGCUCUCCGCCUGCGUGUAGCUGGACAUCCGCGGACCAGAAAUUCGUAUUAUGUGAACUUGCAAACAGACGGACCCAUUACGACUGAUCUAUGGCAACAUCGACUCUACUUCCGCCGCGACGAUGGUGCUUGGGAAGACAUCUACAUUCCAUUCAAUGAUUUCGUGCUUACCAACGUAGGCGAAGUAUCACCGCAACAGAUCACCAUGUUCCGCGAGCGUAUCCGUACGGUCGGUAUCUCACUGCUUGGAGGCAAUAGUGGCGCGGAAGGGCCCUAUGAACUAGGAGUGGACUAUAUUCGCGCUGUCAAUGUCGAGGAUCUGCCGUCCGAUGCAGCUGCAUUGAACGGAUUGAAUGACUUGGCAGCUGCAAUGCCGAUUUCUGCUGAUCAUGCUAACGAUGAGGCUUGUAGCUUAGAUGAUCGACAGGAUAACUACCGAAAACGAAGGCGAGACGAGUCGGAAAAUGCAACGCAGAAUCGGGCUCCCAAAAUGCAACGAGUCGAUUCAGAUGAUUUGAACAGCCUGGACGAUAUUCAAGACGUGCAGUCCGGCCCCUAUAUCGUGGCUCCUCAGUCGCAUGCAUUUCUGUGUGAAAUCAGGGACCUUUCAUAUGGAGUGCAAUGGGAGAUUUUACGGUCUCUGGACACAGGUGUCUCAACAGAAGUAUUUGAUCCAUCUGUUAUCGACAGGCUUCGCAAGCUCCGCACAAAUGUAAAGGCGGUCCCGGAGGUGAUGAAGGUGGUAACUGGAGACACAACACCACCAACUGAUGAAGACACGCAAUUUGAGGCCGCAUUUCUGAAAGAGCGGAAUGCUAGGCUUCCAUGGAGUGAACUUGACAAAGAAGAAAGUAUUCUCAACAUAGACCCGUAUGGUGGCUUGGGCUGCAACGAAUCGCAGCCUUAUCUGAAGGAUAGCCCCCACUGGUUUGGUGGUAAAGUCAGCUUUACGGCAACUCUGGAGCUAGGCACACAGCGCAGUGACGAUGGUCCGCCGUUCCAUUUGGCUCUGAACCGCCCUGUGUUAGGCCCGUCGGACAGGUUCAGUCGUCGUUUCGGCUCUUGGCGCUUUAUGAAGGUUUCAGUAUCCCGCGAUAUAUACGCCGCCUUGCAGAAGAUGCGUUACUCUCAGGAUGAUCUGAUAACCUUCUUCACUCGACCCAUUGUUAUCUGCACCCGUAUUUUCCGAGCAUUUUUCGCCAAGGAAGGGAAUGUGAUCUUCUACCAGACUAAUGAGCGUUGGAAUGGUUCAAACAUCUGUCAGGGGCCGUCUACUCUCCAUGAGAUGUCACUCCUGGCUUUUCUCAAAUGGCACAAUGACCCCAUCCAAAACUACAAGCAGACUAUGGUAAAGUGGGCUGCGCGAUUUGCACUCGGGACAUCUAAUUCGGUGCCUGUUGCGCGGCUUCAGGCCUGUCAAAUACAAUACGUGGAGGACAUAGUGUGCCCUGGAUUUGAGGGGACUGGCAAAGUUCCUAGUGAAAUGUGUAUGACGGACGGGUGUGGGCUUGUUUCCGCCAGUAUACUUCGACAAGUCUCUGAUCGGUUAGGUUGGCCUUCUCAGACGGUAGCUAUGCAGAUGCGGCUUGGUCCGGCCAAGGGGAUGCUUCUAUUAGACGCAGAGGAAGAUAUCAGCAGAGAAGCCCCUUGUGUCAAACUUCGACCUUCGCAGAUCAAAAUUGUAUCCACGCAAGACGACCCCGCAUGGCGGACGAUCGACGUCCUCCGGCCCUCUCGGAUGACAUCCCCCGCUCGACUCUGCGCGGAGACCAUCAUCAAUCUCGCGGAGAAUGGCGUUCCCUGUGAUACUUUUCUUCGGCUUCUCAACGCUGCAUUGGAUGACAAGGUCGCCAAGUUGACGACAUGGACCUAUCCUGCGGAUGUGCAUCAGUUGUAUAAGCACGUCGCUGAUGCCGGUAGUGUCUUGUCCGGCAGGUGCGCUCGCGAAGCUUCUGGAAGUACUCGUGCAAGGGGAUAUUGUGCCGAUGAUUUUUUGAAGAAUUAUGUUCAGGGAAUCGACGGCGAGGACAAUCAAAUGAAUGAGAGUCAAUCGACUGCAUGGUGGCAGGACCCAAUUAGCGGAUGCCCGUCGUCGCUCGAAGAGUGUGUGAUGGUACUUCUGGCGGCAGGAUUUAUGCCUGAUAAGCUAUGCGUCCUUGAGGCUAAGCUGAAUGGGACGGUCAAGAAGGCUAUUCAGUCAAACGCAAAUAGCUUCCAUAUUGAGGUUCCCAUGUCAGCGAAGGCGUUUGUUGUUCCCGGCGAAAGCUCUUCUCGCAAUCUACUUGCAUUAGAUGGCCAGUGGAUGGAUCAGAUAUUGGGUGAAGUUAUCGUCACUCGCCAUCCAUGCAAAACGCCCACAGAUAUGCAGAAGCUCGUAUCUGUAUUCAACAACCGACUCAUUCGGUUUGUUGAUGUCAUUGUGGUCUCUGUCAAAGGACAUCUCUUCAACAAUGAAUUCUUGCCUCGGCAUCUUGCAAGCAUGACCGGUGGAGGCGACUAUGAUGGAGACACAGUGGAGGUAUAUUGGGAUCCCCGGCUCAUUGAAAAUUUUAGAAAUGCCAACCCCAACUUUGCUAAAGAGCCACCCGAGGUACAGGCCUCUCUCGUCAAGAAUUCCGAGACUGUAGCGGAAUUCCUCGAGCGUACUGCGUCUCUGCGAAACGGGGAAUUACUUCACGAGUACCAGAAAUUCCUUCUUGGUAGUCUUCUCAAUACUUCGCGGGUUGGCACCUACUCGACGUGGUGGGAGGCCUCAAUCUACAAAAACGGAUAUUCCCACAAGACAACCAUUUUUCUCGCCUACAUGUUCUCUGCUAUUCUCGAUGGUCCCAAGACCGGUGUAUCUGUUCCCCAAUCCGUAUACAACCUCCAUUCUGCAUUAUACAAUAUUGGUCCGUCUCCAUGGAAGAAGUCAGGGCUUUCUAACCUGAAGACGCUAAAGCGAAAUCCUGAUCUUCCGGAUUUUGUACUCGAUGGGUUUCAAGAACGUAUUUUGCAGGAGAUUGGUAUCCGGAAGGAUCGUAUCGACAAAUUGUUGCCUCCUCACAGAAGAGUCCUACAUCCCGACCAAGAUCUCAUUGCACCAUGGCAGGACUGGGUUGAGCGAGCCAAGCGAGCCAAACAGGACGGCAAUUCUCGUGUUGGCGAAGAACUACUAGCUAUCCAGGCUUUUGUUGAACUCAGGUUUGCAGAAGCUACCACAGAUACGGCAUUCGCCACGACAAAGGCUAUUAGACGAACGAACUCCGGUCGAUAUCUUUCUAAGGGCAAAGCGCCAAUGUCAGACCUUCCGAUUGAGCACCGGCAGGAUAUGUUCCGCAAGUUAUCGCGAAAGUUCAACAGCGGUCCAAAAACUGUGGGCGGCAAAGCCCUCCUCUAUUUCGACGAACCCACUCUCCGACGUGUGCGUGCAUCGUACGCCUAUUAUUACGACCACAAGAAAUCUUAUAACGGGUGGUCACGCUUUCCUUGGAACGUCGCAUUGGCCGCCCUAUGCGAGAUAAAAGUUGCCGCACUUGGCCCUGGUAGGGCAUGCACAGAGGAGUCCUUUGCACGGUUCACGAUCGCCAAACCCUUUCUACAGCGCUAA